CUUGGAUCAAGUAUUGGUCAGUGGGGCAGUGCUCUUGGAGUGUUCCCACCCUCCUGUGAAGUCACCCUCGGGAUUCUCAGGAUUGGCUGACCAUGACCUCUAUAAAGGAGCAGGCAGCCAUCAGCCGGCUCCUGAGCUUCUUGCAAGAGUGGGACGAUGCCGACAAAGUCCUCCGGACUCAGAUUCUCACCACAUUCAUUGAAACCAAUGAAGGCAAGACUGGCCCGGAGUUGGAACUGGAGUUUUCCCAGGGAGCCAGUUUGUUCCUCAUCCGAGUGACCACCUGGCUCAGAAUCAUCUACAUGACUGGCUUGGAUUUAGAAAAGAUCCUGAGGUCCAUUGGUAUCUUCCUAUCUGCUGUGAGCAGCAAUCGGUACCUGAUAGAAUUUCUUGAGAUUGGAGGUGUCCUAACACUCUUGGAAAUACUUGGUCUAGAGAAGAUCAAGGAAGAGGACAAAAAGGAAUCCAUCAAACUACUUCAGAUUAUUGCAAAUACUGGCAGGAAGUACAAGGAGCUCAUCUGUGAAAGCUACGGUGUAAGAGCCAUAGCAGAAUUUCUGGCAAAGUCUAAAUCAGAAGAGACCCAAGAGGAAGUGCAGGUUCUGCUGGAUGCAUUGGUCCAUGGUAACCCCAAGUACCAGAACCAAGUUUAUAAAGGCCUAAUAGCUCUGCUGCCCUGUGGGUCCUCCAAAGCCCAGCAACUGGCCCUGCAGACUCUCAAGACUGCCCAGUCAAUCGUUGGAGCGACACACCCCAGCAUCGUGGACUGUGUGCUGGCGGUCCUGAGCACAGUGCACCUGGAGGUCCAGUAUGAAGCCAUCGAGCUGAUAAAGGACCUGAUCCACUACGACGUGCGCUUGCCUCUUCUCAAGGGCCUCGUGGCCCUGCUCAUACCACCAGUCAAGGAGACAUCCAAACUGCAGGCCAGGAUCUUCAGUGACUCUUCGAUUCUCCAGAUCACCAACCAGCUACCAGUGUUCCUGCAACAGGCUGCAGCUGCCAAGACCAUUGGGAUCCUGGCACGCAACGACUUGAACUUGGCAAAGGAGCUGUUGCACCUGCGUGUGGUCCAUGGCCUGAUGUCGGCCAUGGGUAACACUGACCACAGCAAUAGCCAGAGGCUGGCCAGCCUCACACUGGAGUACUUUGUGCAAAUGUUCCCACUGGUGGAGGAACACGUCCGCAAGUCCAUGGGGGAAGAACUCUACCAGCUCUUCCUUAGCGAUGCCGAGAUCUUGUACACAAAAAUAGAUAGCAUUCAAGCGGACAUCUUGGCAGCCAACAAAGUCAAUGUUACCAGAGACAGCUGCGACUGCAUCAACAACAGCUCCAUCAGCUUCUUCACGGGCUCAGAUGAUUCGAAUCAGACGGGACUCACCAGCGACUUUGAGAAGCUUCAUUCAGAAUCCAAGGAGUGA